GGCCCCGCCACAAGGUCUACAUAAAGGACUUAAAAUAACCUUUGUCUACCACAAGGACACGAGGGAACCACGAGGCCCCUCUAUAUUUAGCCUAUUAAACUGCUGCGCGUGGGCGUAGGGGCAUGUAGGGGGCGUAGUGUGAGGGACAUAAGCGCUUGCACCUGUACCCGUCCAUCAAUGCAAUCAGCAACAGCUAGCGCCGUCAUAGAAUGGAGAACCGGCGCCGUUCUCUUGCGCGAGAGAAUAAAUGGCGCGAGACCAUGGGCGAGACUGAAGAAAGCCGCGAGCCCCGGCUUCAGCACGGCCUUCCCGUGUAGCGGUCAUAUGCUACAGCCGUGCAGUGAUCGUGGUUCCCUCAUAGAGAAAGAAAUUGUUCACUGCUCGAGGAAGACCAACGCGGGCAAUGUCCAGCAGCAUGUCGGGUGCUCCAUCGCACGGGUUUCCAGUCGGGGAGCGAAAAUCGGACUCGGCGACACUGCCGCCUCCGCUGACCGCCAAGGACCCCGCUGGUUUCGCAUACAAGACGGUGCGAGAGAGGCUGGCCGUCAUCUUGACCAGAACCAUGGACACCGCCUCCAACGACGCUGCCGCGCAGAUGGGACCCGAGGCGUGUGAGGAGACCAAGCUCGUCGUGGCACGCCUGUCCAAGUUGCGCGAUGAGAUCGCCGCCAACAAGCCGCUGGUUGCGCUCGAGGACGACUUCGAGGAUGCGGCGGUGUGGAACGCUGUGCUCGACAAGUACACGGCCGACGGCAAGGGCAGCCCGCCGCGCUGGUACGACGCGCCGUGGCUGUACUUCGAGACCUACUUCUACAGGCGCAUCUUCGGGGCGUUCUACAUGUCUGCAAAGCUGAAGGAUUACGAUUACUUUGCCAAGUUCAAGCGGGAUGCGCUGGAUGGCGCGAUCGAUGCAGUGCGUGUCCUCAUCGACUCUGCGAGUUCGAACGCGCACCGGGACGCUGCUCCGACGGCGCUCAAGCAGGUCACUCGCAGGUUGAUUGAAAUGUCUCUGUGGGGCAACCGAUGCGACCUGUCUCUCUCCUGUGGUGCCGACGCGUCAAGUCAAGCCGAUGCUUUGCAACAGACUGACGUACUUCGGCCCUUCAUCAUUUCCAACCAUACUGACAAGCUGCUGGAGCACAUAUGUAAGCUUCGCGAACGAAAUCUCGGUGGCAAGCCGACGCGGCUGCACUGCGUGUUGGACAACUCUGGUUACGAGCUGUCCGCGGACUUGACCCUUUUUGACUUCCUACAUGUGACAGGCUACGUGGCCGGAGUGACGAUCCAUGCCAAGGCGAUACCGUACUAUGUGUCGGACGUGAUGUGCCGCGACGUGUCGUGGACUCUGCGGAAGAUGCAAGAAAGCAAGCACGAGUCGAUGCGGGCGCUUGGAGAGCGAUGCCAGCGCCGAAUCAGUGACGGCGUUUGGUCCGUGCUGGACGACAUCUUUUGGACGCAGCCUUUUGACUACGCCCAUAUGGCAACACGGCGACCCCAGCUCUACAAGAUUCUGCAAUCAGCGGACUUGGUGUUCUUCAAAGGGGACGUCAACUACCGUAAGCUGGUGGGAGACCUCCAGUGGGACCCAUCGGUUCCCUUCCAGCAGGCGCUCAGAGGUUUCGAGCCAACAUUCCUGUGCACCCUCCGCACCAUUAAGUCGAACACUGUGGCAGGUGUAGAUAAAUCUGUUGUCAGCGAGGUGGCGCAGCGAUCACCGGACUGGAUGAUUACGGGCGAGUAUGCGGUGAUACAGUGUGCGGGAACAGCGCCUCGAUUAUAAGAAGCCGAUUAUACCGACACCUCUGAGCAACAUAUACAGUGGACUUAAUAUAGUUUUGUGAAUUCGCGAAUCAUCAAGUUGGUGCAUUAAAUAAAACUUGCAGCUCGAGCGUUUCUCGCUUGAAGGUGCAUAUAUGCAACAA